AUGGCGAUUGGCAUUUUCUACACCGAAGUGAUCGUUGUGGUGAAAUGCGCCAUUUCCAAUUGGCCCUCCGGGCACUAUUUCUUCGAGGACUUGGUGGAGGAGUGGAGAAAGAAGGACAUCACAUGGUGGAAACCAGAUGUCUUUUCCACACUGCAGGCCUUUAGCCUUUGUGUCUUUAGCUACGUUUGUCAUUUGAAUGUGACGCCCGUGGCAAAAGAAUUGGUGGAUCCCAACGACCGUCGAAUUGAGAAAAUCAGCUAUAGAGUCGUGGGAGUCCAGUUCCUGAUCUAUUUGCUUCUGGCAGUCCCUGGGCGAAGUGGGCAAAGUGGGCGAAGCAGCGAUGCUUUCUGCUACCUGACUUUCGGUGACAAGACUGCCCCAAAUCUCCUGACCAACUACCCCGCAAAUGAUCCUUGGAUCCUGGCCAGCCGAGUUGGGCUCACCUUUACCGUCCUCGUGGCUGUGGCGACCAACACUAACCCAACUGUUCGAGCAUGUUUGUGCUUGUUGGAGGUGAUCUUCCCAUCGCUCAAAGAGUCUGCUGCAGAAGGUCUCAACACUGAGCUUUUGCUGAAGACCCCGCCUCUUGUGAAACGACCCCCUGAGGACGAGCCUCAAUGCAGACGCUAUUUGCGAUACUUCCUGAGCAUUGCUUGCUUGACCAUGGACACUCUGGUGGCCAUUUGCGUCAGAGAUGUUGCAAGCGUGGUUGGCUUUCUUGGAGCCACGAUGGGAACAUUGAUGAUGAUGGUCAUCCCAGGGUUCUUGGUCUACAAGAUGGACAUCUUCUCAACUCGAUGGAGUGACUCGCACAGACCGUGCUGUGUUCAACGUAUUGGGCAUGUCUGUGCCAGAGUCAGAGAUUUUAGCUGCUCAUGCUGUUCAAAUACUGUUGCUGAAAAAAAGUCCACAGAGUUCAAACCUGGGGUAUUCUGCAAUUGCACGAUGAUGCAUUCACAAACAUUUCUGCUGACAGGCAGAUUCUUCAUCUUUCUGUUUAUCUGCAGUGCAACAGCCAAUGGCUUUGCCGUUUUUCACUGA